AUGUUCUCAGAUAAUUCACAUUGCCCUGACUGUGGACAGCAAUGGUUCCCUAGUUUAGAACUAGGCCAUUGGUUGUACCAAACUGAACUGGUUGAGAAUGAAUGUUGCCAAGUAUUCUUAGACUGUAUUAACAGAGCUGAUUAUCGCCCUGAGUGUUAUCCUGAUAAUCCUGCUAAUAGAAGCCUUGUUCUUCCUUGGUCUUUCCCACUUGAGGGGGCUCCCCAAAAUCUUACCAGGUGGACCUUUGAAAAAGCUUGCCACCCAUUUCUUCUGGGUCCUCCACUGGUUAGAAAAAGGAUAUAUGACUCUAGAGUUGCUGGUUUUAACCCUGCAUUACAGUUAAUCCUGAUCAGAACAGACAAAACCUUGAACAAAAAACUUGGCCAAAGCAAAUAA